UGAACGGUUGCUAAACUUGUUUUGACACGGAGCAGGAAUCUGAAGCUAGAGACGUUUCCUGAAGUGUCCUUCUCUUUCACUUUUCAUUCAGCGCGGCUUUAAACGACGACAGAAACUUCCAGUCACCCAAUGCUCGAGCUGAACUGCUCGGUUUUUCUCUGAAGAAGGUAGAAGAAGGUCACAGACGUUUUGCUGAAGGCCGGUAUCUGCAGAUCUAAGAUCACGCGCUGGAACACAGGCAGACAUUCUGUGAGAUCCUGCCAUGGCGGUGCCUUUUGACUCCGGCUGUGUUAAAAAAGCGGAGGAUGCGGUCCAGCUGCUUACUGAGGCCGUCAAUACAGGCAGUAAAGCAGAGGCAGUGAGACAUCUAGAAGAGCUCCUUUCACUAAACGUGCCGGUAUCUGUGCAGCUCAGUCCUGAGGCCUAUUCUCAAGAGUCUUUUGGGCUGAGAGUUGGGGUUGAGGACGCACUGUCUGAUGUCAACAUUCCUAUCACAAUGCUGGUAAAUCCAGGCAUGACAAUCGCAGAGCUGAAAGAAAAGAUAAAUCAUGACUACGGCUUCCAUCCGUCUCUGCAGUGUUGGGUUAUCGGGAGACGUCUCGCUCAGGACACAGACACGCUGUUCAGUCACAGUGUGACGGAGGACAAUAACCAGGCCUUCCUCUACAUCAGAUCCGCCCAGGCUGCCAGUUUCAGCCAUGAGAAGCAGAAGCAGGAGGAGAAGGACAGGCGGAUAGGAGGUAUAAUUGAGAACAUUGAGAUAUUCACCCUGCAAGCCAGAGGCACAGAGGAGCUAGGAGCGAGAAGGAAACAACCUCCAUUCCUUCCUAAACCUAGAUGUCCCUCACCAGUUCAACCUAAGCCGGUUGGCUGGGCGUGCGUGCAGUGCACCUACAUGAACAAACCCACUCGGCCAGGGUGUGAAAUGUGUAGUGCGGAUAGGCCCCCAAACUACAAAAUACCAGAUUUGUACCAACCAGAUGAUGAAGAGAUCCAGAGACUUCAGCAAGAGCAGCUGGCUAGUUUACAGUAUGAACAGUCCGUUAUCGAAGAACGGGAGAAGAACUUUUGCAAUCUGCUGGAGACCGAUGCUCAUGACCUUGUGAGCAACACGGAGGAGCUGGACUGCACAAUCUGCUAUUGCACAGUAAUGCCAGGGGAGGGCGCCACACUCCGAGAAUGCCUCCACAGCUUUUGCAGAGAAUGUCUGAAACAAACCAUUGUGAACUGUAUGGAUGCAGAAGUAAAGUGUCCUUACUUAGAUGAUGCGUAUUCCUGCGCCUGCAUGCUUCAGGACCGAGAGAUUAAAACACUUCUGACACAGGAGGAAUACCAGAAAUUCUUGGAACUGAGGCUGAGCAUCGCAGAAUCUCGCAGUGAGAACAGCUACCACUGCAAGACCCCAGACUGUGCUGGCUGGUGCAUCUUUGAGGAUGAUGUCAACGAGUUCACCUGUGACAUCUGCAAUGAGACAAACUGCCUCCUCUGCAAGGCCAUUCAUAAAGGAAUGAACUGUAAAGAGUACCAAGACGACCUUCGCGUCAGAGCAGAGAACGACACUGCAGCCAGAAAGACCACAGAGAUGCUUGAGAUGCUGCUGCAGAACGGAGAAGCCAUGUACUGCCCUAAAUGCAAGGUGAUUGUGCAGAAGAAAGAUGGCUGCGACUGGAUUUGCUGCCUCAUGUGCAAGACAGAGAUCUGCUGGGUGACCAAACAGGCUAGAUGGGGGCCUCAGGGUCAAGGAGACACAUCAGGUGGCUGCAGGUGUCGCGUCAAUGGAGCUCUCUGUCAUCCAAAGUGUCAAAACUGUCAUUGAUCUCUGUCUCCUCUCCUACCAUCUCACACCAUAUCUAACACUGUGGUAAUAUGGGUGGAAAGCAGUCCUACGACUAGCAGAGUGAAGUAAUCGUUUGAAUUGUGAAUCACUGGUGGGUGCAUGAUCACAGCCUUCGUAAUCUUCAUAACACAUAGUUUACAAACAAGAAUAGAGACCAAAUUUUGCUUAGAUACAUCGAUGACCAAACUGUUUAUUGGAUAUAUUGAUGGCCAGAGUGGGUCUGUUGUCAACAUUAUAGCACUAAUUAGGCUGGCUUUACAUGGUGAAAAUUUCAUGCUACUAGUUACCUCCAGUGUAAUUCCUGUGCAAUAUGCAAGUUUGCACUCAGCUUUAAUGAGCAGCCAGAUUAUCAGCUGUUUUUUUGUUGAGGCAUCAUAUCAUUUUCACUGUACAGUUUUCCAGAAGGUCUAACUCUCAUAUUUUUCAGCUGUCGUUACCAACUAAAUCUGUAUUAGAAUAAUAAAUGGUGUCACAAGCAGCUGUUUAAACAGCUGUCAAUGUUAGUUGGCUAGUUACCCAGCUGUUUAUAGAAACUUUAUUUUUGAAAAACUUUUUUUUUUCUUUUUUUUUCUUUCUUUUUUUGUAGUUAUGGCUCAGGAAACUGUCAAAAUCAAAAAAAGUACCAACCAUAUCUCCUUAUUUAACUGCCCAAUAAACCAUCUUUGUUUUAGUUUCUUUUUCAUUAGCUGUUUUCAGUGAGUCGCUUUACAUUAUGCAGCCUCAAGUGCUGUUAAUUUCAUCUAGGUUUCAAGAAACUAAAGUCUUAAAGUUUCACUGUGCAAAGCCAGAGUUCUCACAGGUCCAGAUAAUAGAGUUUUUCUUUAUGCUUUUACUUAAGAUGACAAAAAAAGACAACCAGCUGACACAAUCAUCCAAAAGUUUGGAAAUACUUAUUUAUCACAUGAAUAAACUGUAAAAUAUUGAUUCUUUUAUCAUAAACUAGAUACAAAAAUACAUUUUGAAUGUUUCGUAUUUGAAGCUGGGAAAAACGAAGUUAUAAAAUGCUUUUUUGUCAAGUUAUUGUCAAUCAGAGUCAUUCAUCAACCAAAGAUGAAUUUUUUUUCUUAAAAUCCACUUGCACAGUUUUUACGAAGAUUCUGACAUUUGGCCGUGUUUUCUUAUUUGGGAUUUGUUUUUAGGUAAGAACAGAAUAUACACGCACUCCAGAGCACAAAGGUGCAAAGUUCUGCGGUUUAAGAGCACGUCCUGAAUCUGCCAUAGGCCUUUUCUUAGAACCAUUCUCAGGAAAGUAGCCAGCCAGUUGACACAAUCAUCCAAAAGUUUGGAAAUGUAUCAAUGUGAAUCAUAUGAAUUAUAAAUUGUGAAAUAUAGAUUGGUGAAUAAGGGACUUUAAAAUGGUAGUGUACAUUACAUUGACACCCAGAAGCACUAAUAUGGCUUAUAAUGAGCAAAUGCUUGUAGACAAUAUCUGCAGUGUUAAAUACAGUAUUGUGUAAAAAAUAUUUACACCCUUCCAUGUUUUCACCAUUACUGCAUAUUUGUCACAGUGAACGCUCAACUCAAAACACAUUUGUUAACUGUCCAAUUUAUUUAUGGAGCAAACUUACCUGACAUAUCAGUCAUCCAUAUGAAAAAGUAAUUUCCUCCUUAAAAUCAGUAGCUGCUUUGCCACCUUUAGCAGCAACGACUCCAACUAACAUUUCAUAGAAAACACCAUGAUACCAUGUUUGAUUGCUGGUGCAAUGAUCCUAUUGAAAAAUGCAGAACUUGCAUUAAAGUCUCAUCUGUCCAUACAACAGUAUCUCAAACAUUGUCUAGGUGCUUUCUUGCAAUUUGUUUUGGUUAGCAGUGUUUUGUGCCUUGCUGCUUGUCCAUGAGCCCAUCAUGAGCAUUGACUUCACCUGACGGCUUUUUUAAGUCAUAACCAGGUGGGGUAAAGCUCCUGUGGCGACCAUGUUGGUUUGAUAGCAAACUUCAAUAUGAGUGAGGUUUACAUUUAAAAGGGCUGACUGGAUUCAAGCCUGGCUGUGCUGAAUCUCAUUAUCAAUUAAAUUUAGUUAAUUUGAUGCUCGAGUAUCUAAGGGGGCACUUUUUCAUCCAGGUUGCAUGGUGGAUAUCUUUGCUCCUUAAAAAAAAUUAAAUAGUAAUUUUCAACUGUAUUUUGUGUUUGAUUCUCUCAUUGAUUAGGUUCUCUUUGUCUGAUCUUAAUGGUUGUGAGUUUAAUACUUCUGUUAAACGCCACUGAUUCCAAAAUCAACGACUAGGUCUGGAUUCAGGAUCCAGAUUUAAAUACGUCUCAUGUCGAGAUUCAUCAGCCAUAAUGUAGAUUAUGGAAAAAGGACUUGAUUAACAGUAACUGAUGACCGAACUGGAGCUGGAAAAGUUGAUCUUAAGGCUGUGGUUUUUUGUUGUUGUUUAAUAAAUGCACCUCUGCACCUAAAUA